AUGGCGUCGACACCACUACGAUCCCCGCUCCGGCGUGGCCAUGCACGCACAUCGCCGUACAUUGUGUCCAGCCACUCACCACGAGACGGAUCCUCUCUCUGUCAUCUGGAUCGCUCACCAAGCGAAGAAGGGCGUCCUCCAGCGCGUCGAGCGGGCACCCGGACAACUCUACCUGCCUCAACACUCGCUCCUGCUGAGUUCAGGACCGAUGUGUCUCCCUCCGAGUUUGUUGCUGCUGCUUCUCGUGGAACGUUGGAGAAUACAUCAACUUCAGAGCGCAUUGAUACAGCUUCUACUGGUUUAUGCGCGACACUUGCUGCUCCAGAGAUUGCUUCUGUCGGUCAUGUUGAAGCCAGUGCGACUCUAUCCGCUCCUGAACGCGAUGCUGCGGCUGCGGUCAGACCCAUGGAGGCAGUAGAAAUUGUAUCAGUUCAUGAAGCGGCUAAUGAAGCUCCUGGUGGUCUUUUCCAACUACUUCUUCGGCCCAUUAUAAAGACAUCAAUUAACCAGCGGGACACGGCCGGCGAGAGCGUGGAGAAUCCUCAAUUCUCGGAGUGGGCAAAGUUGCUGCAGUUCAAGGUAAAAAAACGCAUUGUCGACUCUACAAAGUCAGCACAAGUAUGGAACCAAUGGCUCGUUGCAAAUAAAGGAACUACUGUGACUCUCAUGGUCUACGAGUACGGUAUGGCCAUUGCAACUGCUAAAGACCGAGAUGACUUUAUGAAGGCGUGCGUCCCACCAGAGGAGACGGAUCGUGCAGGUGCAACAGCAGAAAGUUUCCUGCGAGAAGUGGUUGAGGCGCUUCGACAGAAGUGGGGAAAUACUUUUCAGGCAUCGUCGGUUGUCUGGCGUAUGUGGGCGAACCACGAGACACGAAAUCUAAAUCGCUCGACUUGGAAUGCUAAUAUUGCCAACCCACCGCCAAGCUACCUUACAAACCUUCUCGAUCCAGCGGAGUCACGCUUUGAGGAGCAUUUAAAUGGAGUUGCGCAAUCUUCCAGUGUGGCUCUAGACUGUGUGAGAGCCUCUAUCGGCGACUGUCAGCAGCUCCGUCGCUACCUUGAAUCUGCUGGACGUUACCUUGACGAUCAAGAACAGCGAUUGGUAGCACGUGAAGCUAUCAUUGAAGGCAUUAUUCGCAAUCUCGUGCCUCCGUCUCCAAGCACGAUCAUCGACCCGAUGCCCCUGAUUGAGAACAUCGAAGACACAGAGCACGCCGAGUAA